AUGAAGGGAAUUCAUGUCCUUGUAGCUUUUGUCCUUCUGGCUUUGUCUUCCUCCUUGGCUUUUGCCUUCGACCCUAGUCCUCUUCAAGACUUUUGUGUUGCCAUCAAUGACCCCAAGGAUGGUGUGUUCGUGAAUGGAAAGUUCUGCAGAGACCCGAUGCUUGCAACCGCAAAUGAUUUCUCUUUUUCUGGUCUCAACAUCCCAGGGAAUACAUCAAAUCAAGUUGGAUCAAAUGUAACUCUUAUAAAUGUUGACAAAAUUCCAGGACUCAACACUCUUGGUAUAUCCAUAGCUCGUAUUGACUUUUCGCCAUACGGAGGCCUAAACCCACCACACAUUCAUCCUCGUGCCACAGAGAUUCUAGUAGUCCUGGAAGGCACCCUGUAUGUGGGUUUUGUUACAUCAAACCCCAAUCGUCUCAUUACCAAAGUUCUAAACGCAGGAGAUGUUUUCGUAUUUCCGAUUGGUCUGAUUCACUUUCAGUUCAACAUUGGAAAUACUAAUGCAGUUGCUAUUGCUGGACUGAGCAGCCAAAAUCCAGGAGUCAUCACAAUUGCAAAUGCAGUGUUUGGAUCCAUUCCACCAAUUAACCCAGAUGUGCUUGCCAAGGCAUUCCAAUUGGACAAGAAUGUGGUGAACUAUCUUCAGAAACAGUUCUGGAUCAACAACCAUUAG